AACCCACUGAAGGGUAAAUCCGUAAUUACAAACAAACAGGAUAAGAGACACUGGUCUCCCGCGAAAAAGAAAAGUGUAAGAACGAAAUGACGACAACAACUACAACAGCGCAUUUUAGCACCAACCACUUCAACAACUCAAAGUUCUCCCGGCAGCCGUUAACGGCCGAGAGGAAGUUAAGAACCUUAACAGUAAGGUGCACGGUGUUUCCCGAUGGACCGCGGCAAAGCCGGCGGUUUGUUUCCAUCUCAGCCGUUGUCCUUCAUUGUCUAUCUUUUACCCCUAAAGAUGCAAUGGCUGGAAGUCCGUUCGAUAAAUAUGUGAAAAGAAAAAAGCUUGAACCCUUGGAGGCUUAUGUACCAGCUAUUAUCUUGACAGAGUUGCAGAUUAAAGAAUUAGGUAAAACUCUGGAAGCUGACCAACCUCAAUAUGCUGCAUGCCGAAGUCUAUUACGUGCUGGUCCAGCAGCAUCUCUGCGUAUGAACAUUCGAGCAGUAGCACAGUAUGCAGAUGAAGUUGGCAACAAUAAAACUGCUUCCAAUAAUGUGGAUCAAUGUCUUAGAGCCUUGGAAGAACUUGAUUCACUGUUGUUACAUGCAUCAAGAAAUGAGCCUAAUGCAUCCGUUAAGACAAUGCAGUCAAAUAUCGGCAUAGCUGUCAAUGCAAUAAACAGCCUACUACAGACGGUGCCCACUGAUGUACUGGAAAAGGGCAAGGCCAUAGCCGAUGCCUACAACACUCCUGAAGAAGAUUAUGCACCUCAAAACUUGGAUCCAAAUUUGAAGCAAUUGGAAUCAAUACUGUGACCAGGCAAAGCUAUGUUUGGGAUGUACAGACUCAAGUUUGUGAUUACAGAUAUGGAUGCGGUUUUUUGUAAUUAUGGUAUGUAUCAAUACUAUGAUGAGGCAGGUUAUAUACGGAUGUAACUAUAUUUUCACUUGACACUAAAUGGAUAUGCCGAUUACAUGUUUAACCCUUCAA